AUGCUGAAAGGGUAUUUUUCAUCGCAAGAGCCGAUCAAAAUCUUAACGUUGACGUUGGUACCCCAUAACCUGGACAUUGUUUUGAAGCAAGAUUUUUCCAAGAUAGACUCGUUCGACCUGGGGUUACAAGAAUCGUCUGAGGCGCGACGCGGGCAGUGCGCAGGCAGCGCGCGUUCGUUCCCGCGACCGCCGCGAACCGAACGCACGCCCGCGCGACCGCAAAACCGCCGACUCCCGCGCGACCGCUUCGAACGCGAGAACCCGCGCGUCGAGCGAGAACCCCGCGGCGAGGGAAGAAAGAAAACAACGAUCGAGCGCACGCCCCGUCGCGCGCGUAACACCAUCUCGGGCGCGCCCUCGACGACGAUCAUGGGGCCCGCGCUGAGGGACGAGCACUCGCCGCUCCUGUCGGGGACGAAGCGCCGCGGCUCGCCGCGCGUCGUCUCCCUCGCGCUCGUCGCGAUCGCGACGAUCGUCGCGACGAUCCUCCUCGCCGCGCGCUCGCCCGCGGUCUCCGCGCGGCUGGGCCUCGGAUCGCGCGAUCAACCCUCCGUCGCGAUCUCGACCUCGACGUCGUCGAGCGCGUCGCGCGCGCCUCACCGCGGAUGGGGACUGCUCGGUCAGAGCGCGACCGCGCCGCCGUUCGCGUCCGUCGAGGAGGCGGAGGCGUUCGUCGCCGAGAACCCGACCGCGCGCGCGGACUUCACGGCGGCGAGGGAAAAGGUCAAGGCUGCCAUGGUGAAAAACAAGGCGCUCUUCAAGGCGGCGAGGACGAAAGGUCUAGCCGCCAAGAAGGCGGCCGAGGACGCGGUCGCCAAGCGCGCGGCGUUCGAGCCUCUCAAGUCCGCGCCCCCUUCUCCCGAGAAGAUGGCCGCGUUCAAGGCGAUGAAGGAGGCGAUGAAGAAGGCCAAAGCCGCGCGGAAGGAGUUCAAAGAAGCUAAAGCGGCGGCGCAGGCCGGUCGCAAAGAAGUCAGAGACCUCGUGAAGGACGCCGCGCCGCUGAAGAUGAAAGCGAAGCGACUCAGCGUGGCGAAGAAGUACAUCUACAGACAGAAGCAGAUGGCAGCGGCGGCGGCUAAGGCCGCCGCAGUCGCCGCCGAGCAAAGUGCUCCCGAGCCGGAGGUCGAGCACCCCGCUCCCGAACCGGAGGUCGAGCAUCCCGCUAACGAAACGGAGGUCGAGAACCCUGCUCCCGAGCCGGAGGUCGAGCACCCUGCUCCCGAACCGGAGGCAAGGCCGGACAGGCGCGCGGAGAUCCCCGACCCGGAGAACGCCGGAUCGGUCAUCGAAGUGCUGCAUGCCGCCGGCACUCCCGACGACGACUGCUACCACAUCCUGCCCGACGGCUCGAAAUCUGAAACGAUGCCGUGCCCGCACCCCGCGGAUUCGAUGGACUCGAUGCCGGGCUCCACGAUGGACUCCAUGAACGACGACGACGACGACGACGACGACGAAGUCGACGACGACGAACACCACGACGACACGAUGGACUCCAUGAACGACGACGACGAAGACGACGACGACGAUCACCACGACGACGAUCACCACGACGACACGAUGGACACCAUGAACGACGACGACGACGACAACGACGACGAGAACUUGAUUCACGAUCCCUCGGAAUUCCCCGAUGAAUUCAAGGCGGUCCUCUCGGACCACGGCGUCACGGAUCCUGACGGAUUCAUCACGGACUGCGGCGUCCCCGAAGACGUCAAGAACGCGAUCGAAGCGGGCAAAACCUUGCAGAAAAUCUUCGAGGAAGAAGUCGACGAAGAAGAACGCAAGACGAUGGACUUACGCGGUUUCCUCUCGACCGUUUGUGCCCAUCACCACGAAGACGGCUCCACGAUGCCCUCCAUGCCGGAGGGCUCUAUGAUGGACUCCAUGCCGGGAUCCACGAUGGACUCGAUGAACGACACGAUGAGCUCGAACUCCUCGAGCGGCGGCGACGAGCCGCGAACGCCGGACAGGCGCGCGGAGAUCCCCGACCCGGAGAACGCUGGAUCGGUCACCGAAGUGCUGCAUGCCGCCGGCACUCCCGACGACGACUGCUACCACAUCCUGCCCGACGGCUCGAAAUCUGAAACGAUGCCGUGCCCGCACCCCGCGGAUUCGAUGGACUCCAUGCCGGGCUCCACGAUGGACUCCAUGCCGGGCUCCACGAUUGACUCCAUGCCGGGCUCCACGAUUGAUUCCAUGCCGGGCUCCACGGUGGACUCCAUGCCGGGCUCCACGGGGGACUGCAAUGUACCCGAUUGGUGCUCGACGUACCCCCCGGAGAUGGCAAAGGAAAAACCGGAAUGCCAGUGCCCGGAGUCCCUGCACCCCUUGCCGACGAUGGACUCCAUACCGGGCUCCACUACCGAGCCGGAGGUCCAGACGACCGAGCCGGAGGUCCCGACUACCGAGCCGGAGGUCCCGACGACCGAGCCGGAGGUCCAGCCGGAGGUCCCGACGACCGAGCCGGAGGUCCAGCCGGAGGUCCCGACGACCGAGCCGGAGGUCCAGACGACCGAGCCGGAGGUCCCGACUACCGAGCCGGAGGCCCCGACGACCGAGCCGGAGGUCCAGCCGGAGGUCCCGACGACCGAGCCGGAGGUCCAGCCGGAGGUCCCGACGACCGAGCCGGAGGUCCAGACGACCGAGCCGGAGGUCCCGACGACCGAGCCGGAGGUCCAGCCGGAGGUCCCGACGACCGAGCCGGAGGUCCAGACGACCGAGCCGGAGGUCCCGACGACCGAGCCGGAGGUCCAGCCGGAGGUCCCGACGACCGAGCCGGAGGUCCAGCCGGAGGUCCCGACGACCGAGCCGGAGGUCCAGCCGGAGGUCCCGACGACCGAGCCGGAGGUCCAGACGACCGAGCCGGAGGUCCCGACUACCGAGCCUGAGGUCCCGACGACCGAGCCGGAGGUCCCGACGACCGAGCCGGAGGUCCCGGCGACCGAGCCGGAGGUCCCGACGACCGAGCCGGAGGUCCCGACGACCGAGCCGGAGGUCCCGACGACCGAGCCGGAGGUCCCGACGACCAAGCCGGAGGUCGACGUGCAGACGGGGUCCGCGA